AACUGGACACCUGGAAGAGGGAUAAUAGUGGGGAGAAACCCCUGCAAGAACAGGGCUCUACCUAGCCAGCUCCUGUGACCCUUGCACUGUGACCUCACCAAAGCCAGGCAGAUAUUUAGCUCAGAGAUACACGACCCUCUGGCUGUGCCACCGAUUUCCAGCCACACCGGAGAAAGAAUCCAGGCUCUGAUGGCUGUUGGGAAGCUGAGAGUGGAUGGAACCAGGCUGCCUUUGCAGUGCUGACUUGCACCUGGAGGGCACGUUCAACCCCACCUAGGAAUCAAUCUGCAAUGGAAGGAUGUGUUCACGUUACUGCACCUCAGGGAGAGAAAGCUUCUAAGGACCAUGCUGCCCUGGGCAUCUAUCAGACCCCGGUCUGCAUCUCUGUGGCUGUGGGGAUGGAGCCCAUUAUGGAGUGCAGGUUCCCUCCCAUGGAGGCAAGUGAAAUAGUUUUUGUCUCAUGGUACAAAGAGGGGGAGACACUAAACUCAUCAGACAGCCGCCUCCUACAGUCUGAAGUCCUUGCAGCAGGGUCUGGUACUCUCAGGAUAUCCCAUGUGCAGGCUCAGGAUGCUGGAGUCUAUACCUGUGAGAUGGGGAAUAUCACCCACAGCUCUACCGGGAAUGGCACAAAACUGGAAGUCCAUGGUCCAACCCCACCUAGGAAUCAAUCUGCAAUGGAAAGAUGUGUUCACGUUACUGCUCCUCGGGAAGAGAAAGUGGCAACAUCUGUAGGCAUCAUUAUUCUGCUUCUCAGAAACGUCAUUGGAGCAGUGCUCUUAUUGACUCUAGUGCUUGCGGUCGUCAUCGUCCAUUUCAAGUCAGGUCCUAGUGGAGACUCAGAAUAACCUGACCUUCUGCAAGGAUGAGGACACCGAAAGGAACAAACUCUGUGUGACGUUGCACUCC